ACCCUCUGUCACGGUGUAGAUGAGAGCUUUUUGCUCUUAUCCAAUCAUGCCUGGAAUGCUGCUUGCCACUUGGGCUAUUUCUGCUAUCUGUCGCUCUUGGUGCCGCAGUGCUAACGGUUUGGCAGAUGGGACACUUUUUCUUGGAGUUGGUAUCUUUGGUUUUUGACUUCUGGCAGUGCCGGGCUUGUUGUUGCUGCUCGCCCUCUCCCUCCCGGCCCCCCUGGUCACCAUGGCCCAUCGGCUUCGGUUUCAUUUUGGCUCUGGUCGCAGCAACACAGCCCCCGAGUCAGAGAUCCUAGACCAGGAGAGAGAAGAAGACUUUUUCAUGGCAUUCCACACCCUCCCGCGGCGGAGCGGCCCACACCCCUUCGCCCAGAAUGGAGGGGAGGACGGCGGCAGCCUGCAAGAAGGUGUGGGCGCCCUGAAGCGCAGCUCAUCCAUGUUCAUCCCGCAGCUUCUCACCUGCAUCGACACCCGCCCCACGCGCAGCUCCUCUAUGCAGAUCUCCCUGCAGCGCAAGGCAGCAGAUGGUGCCACUGAUGGGUGCGGGCCACCCAAUGAUUCUGAGGACCGGCCACCGAGUGCCACAUCCGACCUCGGGGACCAGGCCACAGCCACAGCGGGCCAGAGUGGUGUGGCAGAGCCCUCGCCAAGGGAUACCACCGGGAGCUCCCCUCAGAGGGCAGCCCGGGACCCUCAGGUCAACGGCACGUGUGACCGGCACUUGCGGGGCCCGGGCUUGGCUGAAGGCUCGGAGGAGGCCACGCCGGGCCUGCGUAUCCAGCACCGCGCCUCCAGUGCAGACGUGCGGCAGGUGCGCCUGCUGCCUUUUGGAUGUGACGGCCAGACGGCCCCGGAACCCAGGCGCUGGUCCCUGCAGCAUGUCCCUGAUGCUUCUGGAAGCUCCGGGAAGCGAUGCUUUGUCUUCCAGUUGCAGCAGCCCCAAAAAGGCGCAGGGAUGGGCAGCGACUUCAAUUUUGGCUUCACCGGCACGAAGGGGGACAGAUUGGUGAGGUAUCCCCGCAUCCGGCUGGAGAGGAGCACUUCAUACCCUACCCAGCCCCGAGUGGGCCAGGGGAGCCCUACAGAAGAACGAGGAGGCCCUGAGACGCCUCCUCGGACAGGCAGGAUGGCUCCUGAGAUCCGCAGGACAAAUUCCAUGGAGAGGACUCCACAGGGUCAGGGGUGCACAUUUAAGAUCAGGCAAGAUCAAAACGCAGGGCAGCAGCAUUUCCGGAUUCUUGUGACUCGGGAGCCUGAAGAAACUCGCCAGACUUCUGAGGAGGAGAAUGGCAAGAGUCCUGAUCCUCCAGGAGCUGGUAUCCCGACACGAGACGACUUCCUGGGUCAGGUGGACGUGCCCCUUAGUCAUCUUCCGACAGAAGAUCCAACCAUGGAGCGACCUUAUACAUUUAAGGACUUUCUCCUUCGACCAAGAAGUCAUAAAUCUCGAGUUAAGGGAUUUUUGCGGUUGAAAAUGGCCUACAUGCCAAAAAACGGAGGUCAGGAUGAAGAAAACAGUGAACAGAGAGACGACAUGGAGCAUGGGUGGGAAGUUGUUGACUCCAAUGACUCAGCUUCUCAGCACCAGGAGGAACUUCCUCCUCCACCUCUGCCUCCAGGGUGGGAAGAGAAAGUGGACAAUUUAGGCCGAACAUACUAUGUCAACCACAACAACCGGACCACACAGUGGCACCGACCAAGCUUAAUGGAUGUGUCUUCCGAGUCCGACAACAACAUCAGGCAGAUCAACCAGGAGGCGGCACACAGGCGCUUCCGCUCACGCAGGCACAUCAGCGAGGACUUGGAGCCCGAGGCCUCGGAAGGCGGAGAGGGCCCCGAGCCUUGGGAGACCAUCUCAGAAGAAGUGAACAUGGCCGGAGACUCCCUGGGUCUGGCACUGCCUCCACCGCCCUCCUCCCCCGUGUCUCGGACCAGUCCUCAGGAGCUGUCGGAGGAGCUGAGCAGACGGCUGCAGAUCACCCCAGACUCCAGUGGGGAACAGUUCACUUCUCUGAUUCAGAGAGAACCCUCCAGGUUACGGUCCUGCAGUGUCACGGACACGGUUGCGGAACAAGCCCACCUACCACCGCCCAGCACCCCAACUAGGAGAGCGCGUUCGUCAACUGUCACGGGUGGUGAGGAGCCAACGCCAUCAGUGGCCUAUGUACAUACCACGCCGGGCCUACCUUCAGGCUGGGAAGAAAGAAAAGAUGCUAAGGGACGCACAUACUAUGUCAAUCAUAACAAUCGAACCACAACUUGGACUCGACCAAUCAUGCAGCUUGCAGAAGAUGGUGCCUCCGGAUCAGCCACAAACAGUAACAACCACCUAAUCGAGCCUCAGAUCCGCCGGCCUCGCAGCCUCAGCUCGCCAACAGUAACUUUAUCUGCCCCACUGGAGGGUGCCAAGGAUUCCCCCGUACGCCGGGCUGUGAAAGAUACCCUUUCCAACCCACAGUCCCCACAGCCAUCACCCUACAACUCCCCCAAACCACAACACAAAGUCACACAGAGCUUCCUGCCUCCUGGCUGGGAAAUGAGAAUCGCUCCAAACGGCCGGCCUUUCUUCAUCGACCAUAACACGAAGACGACGACAUGGGAAGAUCCACGCCUGAAAUUUCCAGUACAUAUGCGGUCAAAGGCAUCUUUAAACCCCAAUGAUCUUGGCCCUCUUCCUCCUGGCUGGGAAGAAAGAAUUCACCUGGAUGGCCGCACGUUUUACAUUGACCACAGCAGCCAGGUGUUAUGUGGAGAGAAUGAUACCCGAGAGUCAGUGCCCUCGUACGAUAGCAAAAUAACCCAGUGGGAAGACCCAAGACUGCAGAACCCAGCUAUCACUGGUCCGGCUGUUCCUUACUCCAGAGAAUUUAAGCAGAAAUACGACUACUUUAGGAAGAAGUUAAAGAAACCCGCUGAUAUUCCAAACAGAUUUGAAAUGAAACUUCACAGAAAUAACAUAUUUGAGGAGUCCUAUCGGAGAAUCAUGUCUGUAAAAAGACCAGAUGUCCUCAAAGCUAGACUAUGGAUUGAAUUUGAAUCAGAGAAAGGUCUAGACUAUGGUGGUGUAGCCAGAGAAUGGUUUUUCUUACUGUCCAAAGAGAUGUUCAACCCCUACUACGGUCUCUUUGAGUACUCUGCAACAGACAACUACACACUUCAGAUCAAUCCUAAUUCAGGCCUCUGUAAUGAAGAUCAUUUGUCUUAUUUCACUUUCAUUGGAAGAGUUGCUGGCCUGGCAGUAUUUCAUGGGAAACUCUUAGACGGUUUCUUCAUCCGACCGUUUUACAAGAUGAUGCUGGGAAAACAGAUAACUCUGAAUGACAUGGAGUCUGUGGAUAGUGAAUACUAUAACUCUUUGAAAUGGAUCUUAGAAAAUGACCCUACUGAACUGGACCUCAUGUUCUGCAUAGAUGAAGAAAACUUUGGGCAGACAUAUCAAGUGGAUUUAAAGCCCAAUGGAUCAGAAAUAAUGGUGACAAAUGAAAAUAAAAGGGAAUAUAUUGACUUAGUCAUCCAGUGGAGGUUUGUGAACAGAGUCCAGAAGCAAAUGAACGCCUUUUUGGAGGGAUUCACGGAACUGCUUCCUAUUGAUUUGAUUAAAAUUUUUGAUGAAAAUGAGCUGGAGUUACUGAUGUGUGGCCUCGGUGAUGUUGACGUGAACGACUGGAGACAGCAUUCUAUUUACAAGAAUGGCUACUGCCCGAAUCACCCCGUCAUUCAGUGGUUCUGGAAGGCUGUGCUGUUGAUGGACGCCGAGAAGCGGAUCCGGUUACUGCAGUUUGUCACGGGGACAUCCCGAGUACCCAUGAAUGGAUUCGCUGAACUUUACGGCUCCAAUGGUCCUCAGCUGUUUACAAUAGAGCAGUGGGGCAGCCCUGAAAAACUGCCCAGAGCUCAUACAUGCUUUAAUCGCCUUGACUUACCUCCAUAUGAAACCUUCGAAGAUUUAAGAGAGAAGCUUCUCAUGGCUGUGGAGAACGCUCAAGGAUUCGAAGGGGUGGAUUAAGGUGUAUUUCCUCAGGGCCGAUGACCGUCCGGCAAGUUCCACAUGCUCUUUUGCAUUUGCCUGACAAGACUUUUGUGGAGCCGGUGGCGGGCACCGCCGUGCAUCAUGGCUCCCAGACCGGGCCUCCACCCCUGCCGUGCCCUCCUGCAGACUCGGGAAGCCGGUCCCAGCUGAAUUCCUGCUCUUCACCACGACUUCUCAAAUGGUUGAUGUGUACACUAAUUACAUUUCAGGAAGACUUGUUCUAUUUAUGUUGUGCCUCUGCAGGCAAAGCCCUUAAUAAAUAUUUUGCAUACUUUCUAAUGACAGUGAAUGGAAUUAAUCACUUUACAGGUAUAGUAUUACAAUUCAUGUUUACUUUUUAAAAUGAUUCAGACUGAUUUUCAGAUUUUAUUUCGUUACAAUUAAAGAUGUCUCAUGCACUUGGUAAAGUGAGCAUUUUUUUUGGUAUUUGAAUUUCAUACCAAGCUUGAUGUCAAUGACAUUUUUAUUUUUGAAGUACUUUGCCACACUGCCCCUCUACUUUAUUAAAAUUAGAAAUUAAUUUUUGUUCAGAAACCUUCUACAGACAAGAACUUGGAGAGAAUUUCAAAUGUAACAUUAGGUAUAAUGAUCAUUUUUUUCCAUACUCAGAAUGAAAAUAAACUGGAUAUUACUUUUUUGUACAAAUUUAGAUAAUAGCUACAAGCCGAGAGAAUUGUAACAUAGCAUGACAUAUUUGUGUUAACUUGAAAGGAAUCACACCAUUAUUCCUUAGCAGUAAUUACGUGUGCUAUACCACAUUCGAGGCAGGGUUAGACUAUCAUUUCUCAUGAGAGGAAUUAUUAACCCUUCCUGUUGCUGUACAGACACCCUUUUAUUAUAUUUCCCCUUUCGCUGUUUGUAGUAGAGACAUUUUGAAUGAAACUCAGCACUAUUUGACGCAAAACUGUGGAAGCCAGAUCCCUUCGGUCUCCUUUUUGUGUGUUCGCUAAUCGUAGCUAAAUGAUCAGUUCUUGCUCUAAACUGCACCCGUUCUGAAGGCACUUUAUGUACCACUUGGAGGUCAUACCUGGCUUUGUUUUUGUUUGGUUUUUUAUCAUGACCAUUAAAUGUGAUGAUUAUUUCUUUUCCCUGCACACAUCUUUCUGGUGCAAUAUCUAUCAGUUGUGAAUCUGGCUGCUGGUAUAUACCUGAAUGUAAAGCUGAGCCUACAGACCUGUCCUUUCCAGUUGUUUUGUGAUUUCUACUCAACUACAAGGAUUUAUUUAAUAUACACUUAAUCUAACCAAUUUCUGUUACCUAUGACCUGUUGCAUGCUUCGAUGCUGUGUACUGCCUGAGUCGUGUCUCUUGUAUGCUAGAUUAAAAGUGAGAAGGACUUGACUUGAUCCCCUGAGGUCAUGCUGUGGUGGUUUAAGAUUGAGGGUCUCUGUGCAGUCUGUGUUGCAGAAUGCUGUCCUGUGGUGAGAAGAUGCCUGAGACAGGAGAGGUCAGCAGCCCUGCUGUCCUGUUUCACGUGUGUUGUCCUAGACCCUGUCGUGCUGUUAGGAGACACUGGAGAGUGGGUCUCUUGCCAGUCAUAGAUAAUACAAAAGUUUGUGAGUUCGGAGUCUCUGUUGUGUGAGAAGAACUUUGGUGUAAGAAAUCAGUCGUAUUCGUGCAGUGCUGUGCGGCACGCAAGAAACUGUGGACACUCGUGGUUGCAGACAAGUUGUCUGAGGCCGUGUAGAACCCUGAGGUUCUAGAACAAGGUGACUUGCUACAGAGCUGAGUAUUGGCUCCUUUUCAUGCCAGCUUGAAGAUAUUUAGUAGUGAUUAGAAAACUUGGAUGUUAAGUAAUAAUUUUUAAAAUGCUCCUUAUUUUUGUUUUUUUGGUGGGAAUUUUUUUACCCCCCUACAAUUAAUAUAACAAAUGUCUCAGUGGCAAAAAACAAAAUAACAGUUUUUUGGUAACUUUCAUAGUCCAGAGUCAGUUUCUUUUAAAAAAUCAUGCCGAAGCCUGAGUUGAGAAGUAACUUUGAUGGUUUUUGAGAAAGACCAUGUAAUUGCAGGAGGAAAAAUCUGAUGCUCAUGUAAUAACUGAGAUUUUCUGUUGUUUUAUAAAUUGUAAAAAAAAAAAUCAGACUAUUGUCUAAAUGCAAAUUAGACUAAAUAUUGAAAAUACAAAAAGAAAAACUAUUCAGAUCAUUUUUAAGACAGGAAUGUACAAGAAUCAUCAGUGUAUACCCUGAUGAAUACUUAAAAGGGGGUUACUGUGGGUGACCCUUAGUUCAUCGACCCCUUAAUCUGCCCUCUGGUUUUACUGACAAUUAAAUACUGCUGAAUUUGGGUUUAGUUUUUUUAAAGAAAUCAACAGUUCACUGUUCACAACUAUUUACAAAGUUUCAGUCUUUGCCUAGAAUGGUUCUGGGUCUUCUUGUGUGUAAAUUUUAAUGCCGCUCCUGGUGAUUUUCGUGCCAUAACUGCAGGUGGCAGAAGAGAAAGUGCAUUUGUUGCUGGACCCUGGCUGGUCCCCCCACACUGGCAGGCCGGCCUGAGGCAGGGGGAGGUGCUGUCUGUCCUGCUUGUCCCAGCAGCCAGGCUGCUCUGCAUGCCAAGGUCUCUGUUAUCUCCUGAGCCAUAGAGAUCCCAGGUAUCCCAUUUCUCUGGUUCCCUCGGAAGCUGUGGUUGUCACAGGCCAAUUGCAGGAAGCUGGGUGAGAGCCAGUGUGCACCUGUGUGUGGAAGGCUUGGAGCAUCACAGGGGUGCUUGUGGCUUCUAGAGUGCUUCCGUUCUUGCCCCAGUUGAUCUGAGAGUAAAUCUGAAGCCUUUCUAACAGGAUGAGCUCAGACUGAGUGCUGGUGUGUCCCGCUUUCCAUGUUCACCUGAUACAUUUCCUUGUCUAUAGCCAGUCUUGUGAAAAUUAAAAAUGGGAGGUGCCUGGUUUCUAACGCCCAUUCAUCAGUGACAUCAGAUAUUUCCUAAAUUCCUGUGGCAAACGACGUAAAGCAGCUGGAUGUGGAUUAUUCCCCCCAUGUAGGGACCCAGUGAUAGAUUCUGAGAAACAGUUUGCAGAGUAUUUGAGGUGCUUUUCUGCACUUGGCCUGUUACAUAGAUGGCAUGCACUGUAUCAUUGCUCUUUGAUCUUGCCAGACCCUAGUUGGCUGUGUCAAAAGUCGAGUUCACAUGCAGUAACAUUCUCAAUGUUGUGACAGUCACCAGUUUUGGUUUUUGGUUUUGUUUUCUGCCAGUUGACUCCUGUAUUUUCCUAAUAGUCUUGCAUCUCUCAUCUGAGAUUUUAAAGUCUACACAGGGAACCUGGGGUCAUCGGCUCCCCAGCCCCUGCCCACUGUGCUAGCUCUGCUCUUUCUGUCCUCUCCCUUCACCCUGCCUCUUCACCCCUGUGGCCAGGAGAGCAAGGGAGAUGCUGUCUGAUGUCAUUUUCUGCCUUGCCAGUAGGGAUGCUCCUGACUCCCAAAAGAUCAUGCACUACCUCUGUCUCGUUCAGGCAUUGGAGUACAUCCUAAGUCAUGUCAAAACUGCCAACUUCAGAACUAAGAUGUGUUAAAAGACAAAAACUUACAGACUCCACUUUGUAGUCUAGAUUUUAAAACUAGGAAGAAAAUGUGAUAUACUUUGGACCACUUUUUUAAUUUAUAUAAGCCUUAAUGAACAGUGUAUAUACACUUACAUACGCACACUCCACUCCAGAGUAUUUGCAGUGUGUCAGAGAAAAUUCCAUAGCAUUAGGACAUGAGCCUGUGUUAAUGUUUUGUAGGAAAGAAGUAGCUUUCUGUUGGUUUGAAAUUUUCCAAGGAAACCUCUCAUUUGACAUCUGUCCUUUGUCAAAGAUGUUACACUCAAAGUAGAGCAUGUUGAAAGUGCAUGUCUCUGUGUUAGUUUUGUUUGUAAGGAGUAGCAACAGGAAUCUCAGGACAUCGCUGUUGAUGCCCGACCUCUAGUGUACUGUGCUCUUCACCCUGUAUCAGUGCAUCAGAAGCCUUUCUCAUGACCAGGAGUUCCAUCAGCAGAUGUCCGUGUUCCUUUGUAAGCCCAUCCUUGUACUCAGACUAAUUUCACAUAGCUUGUCACAGUUUCCUUCUUGGUAACUUGGCGUGACUUUGUUCUUCCUUUACUAUUAUGUAACAUAAAUACAUAUGUAAGUGCAUAUGCUGUCCAAAUAUAUUUGUAUAGCAUUUUUACACCUCUGUGAGUAACCUGGUUCAAAAGGGAGUGAGAGAUUUGUCCCUUCUACAGGUUUCUCCAGGCUCUGUCUUGAGGAUUCUGACCCUCAGAGCCUGAGAGAACCCUAGGAAGAUGUUCGUUUGUUGUCCUUUCUUAAUUCAGGAUCUAUUAUCAAAUGAAACAUGAACAAAACAGUGUGACUUUGAAGGUGAAAAGAGUUUCAAGCAUUCCAAAUAAAUUCUCAAUGUUUCAUAACUUUUUAUUGUAAAUCCACCUCCUAAUACAAAGCCAAGUACUAUUUGAUACAAUGGUCAAAACCAAACUACCUUGAUGUUUUUUUUAAGACAACUUAUGGGUAAAGCUCAUUUUCACAAUCAGAAUAGCUUUAAAAUAUGGUUGAAUUUGAUACACACAAGAAAAGUUUUGUUUAAAAACAAGUCCUUUUUUGCUUUUUUUCUUGAGAGCUCUACAGAAAAAUUGUAGUUUGUUUUUCUGACAGCAAAAGAGUAAUGUGACAAAACAAAGUCAUUGUAAAGAAGUGAUGCAACUUGUCAAAUAUUUAAUAAAGAAUUGUGGAAGCUGGAACAUUUUCUA